AGAGCAGGCAACCAAGGAAAGGUGCACAAUGAGAAUGGAGCAGGAAUUGGUGUUAUUGAAGGGAGAGAGGAUUGUGCACAAGGAGUGUGAAAGCUUGCGGAGACAACUUUACAAUCAAAGGAGUCAAAUUAUCAAAAGCAUUCCUUGUUUCUGUUUUUAAGUCAUUAUGCGCUUCACCAUCUCUUGAGUGGAGAAGAUCAGAAGAUAUUCAGAUUUCUUAAUUCUGUAAACGUUAAGAGACUGAAGACGUUGAAGGUGUCAUAUCUGGGAAUACAAUUACGUUGAAAUUUGAUGAGAAUCCUUACUUCAAAAAUGAUAGCCUCGAAAAGAUAAUAUCAUAUACUGUCAUGAGUCAUGAUCCACUAAAAGAAUACGCUGAAGUUCAUGAGUAGUGAUCCCCUAAAAGAAUACACUGAAGCUAAAGUGGAAAUUCGUGCCAGCGAUAUUCACAGGAAAGAUGGCAUGGACAUAACUGGAAAUAAACGAGGGUUUACAGACACUGGCACAAGCUUCUUUACCUGGUUCUGUGAUCGGGGAUGUGUUGCAAUGAAGGCCUAUGAUGAGGUUGCAAACUUAAUUAAACAGGAUUUAUGGCCAGAUGCAGGCAGAUAUUUUGUCUAUGGAAAUUUAGAUGAUGGAAAUAAGGUUGUCCUUGAUGCAAUUGACGAGACAUCACACUUUACCUCGUCGCUACGUGCAUUCUUCAUAUAAAUUGGAAAUUAAACAUGAGUAGGAAUUCAAAAUCUUUUGAUUGUCAGGAGUAAUGUAGGAGUUCAAAAUCUUUUGAAUGCCAGGAGUUAUGUAUAACAUGUUUGGUGGUGUACUCAGAUUAACGGUGUCAGCUAACUUGUAGGAGUUAGUAGUGGUGCUUAUUAGUGUGUUACCUGGUUAGUAGUAGUGGUUCAAAAUUAGGAGUCUUUAUGUAUUAGAGGACGUACUGGGUUACCAACUAGCUAGUACUCUUUACUUAGCUUGUAGGGAUAUGGGGUCGUAUACAAUAAUGGCAUGUACUGACCACUAACUAUGUAACUAUCUCACUAACUAAACUGUGUAGUUAAUAGUACUGAUAUAUGUACAGUAAGGCUAGCCUAGCA